GAAACCGCUUCACAUUUUAAAGGUAAAAUCAUCUUUGACUAUUUAUUGUACGAAUAUCGCGUUGUUUACAAUGAAGAAGAAAUUGUUGGCACCAGUCUGACCAUUCAUGACAGAAUGAAUAAAGAAUGUUUUACUAUAUACGCAUUUAAAAACAUUCCUGAGUUAAAAAACGCUUAUAGUGUUUCCUUAAUAAAGUUGUCGGCUUUACAAGAACGCGAGUUACCCAUUUCAGAAACAACGAUUAUUGUUCUGCUUGUAUUCCUUUUGGUUUUCUUUAGAGGAUUCAGCGUGUUCAUGCAAAAACGUACUGUCACCGUGGGAUUGAAGAAGAUUGUGACGAUUGUUGUGAUGGGUGAUAUCGGUCGGUCUCCAAGGAUGCAAUAUCAUGCUUUGAGUUUUGCGCAAAAUGGAUGGACUGUAGAUUUUGUAGGAUACGAUGGUGUCAAACCAUUGGAUUCCAUCACGAAUAACCCUUUGAUCAAAAUUCAUCACAUAUCCCAUCUGUGGCGAUUUCCAGAUAAUUUUCCAAAGUGGCUGUUUAUUCUGUGUACUCCAAUCAAAGUGUACUUUCAGAUAUUGUCAUUAUACUGGACUUUAUUUAUGAAGACGAGUGGACCAGAUAUUAUGCUUGUUCAGAAUCCACCUUCAAUACCGACAUUGAUGAUCACGCAAUUUGUUUGUUGGCUACGGCAAACCAACCUGAUAAUUGAUUGGCACAAUUUCGGAUACACCAUCCUCGGACUUCGAUUGGGAAAGGAUAGUCUAAUUGUUAAAUUCGCAAAAUGGUACGAGAAAAUAUAUGGAGGCAGAGCAGGUGCACACUUGACCGUAACUUCGAAAAUGCAUCGUGAAUUGAUGUAUAAUUGGGAGGUUCAAGGACGCAUUGUCACGUUGUAUGAUCGGCCGCCGACAAAUUUCAAAAGGUUAGAAUUAGAGGAAGUUCACGAGUUUCUCACACGGUUUAAUUUGGAAAAAAUUGUUUCGGAGCAAACAAUCAACUCACAUUUUCUUCCGUCAUCGUCAUCGGCAUCAACAUUGCUAACGAGCAAAACUUCACCAACAAAUCCUGCGAAAUACCGUGAUGAUCGUCCCAUAUUGAUAGUUAGCAGCACUAGUUGGACUGCUGAUGAAGAUUUUUCUAUGUUAUUGCAGGCCGCACAAAUAUGUGAUCAAUUUGCGGAGCUGUGUUCUAAACAGGAUUCAAGCAAAAAAUUCCCAAAGUUACUUUUUGUCAUCACCGGCGAAGGACCCCUGAAGAGUAAAUAUGUAGAGGAGAUAAGUAAAAUGUCGAUGAAUCAAGUUAGGAUUGUGACUACUUGGUUACCUGCAGAAGAUUAUCCUUUAUUAUUAGGCUCCGCCGAUCUGGGACUUUGUCUUCAUACAUCUUCCUCGGGAAUGGAUUUACCCAUGAAAGUUGUGGAUAUGUUUGGAUGUGGAAUACCCGUUUGCGCUGUUGAAUUCGACUGCCUCGAUGAAUUAGUCAAACAUGAUAAAAAUGGACUGAUAUUUAAAAACGGUGAACAGUUGGCGCAACAAUUAAUUGAUUUGUUCACGGACUACCCAGCAAACAAGUCAAAGCUUGAAUCAAUGGAAAAACGCGUGGACGAAUAUCGAAAAGAAAAUUGGGAAAAUAACUGGAAUCGCACUAUGCUUCCUUUAUUGAGCACGUUGGUUUGA